AGUGCUAUUCUCAGGCAAUAUCAAUCAUAAUAAUAGCGGUUUUCUCGGGAAAAGUAACAAAAAGCAUAUGCUUUAUAGCAUCCCAUGAAGAUGCAGCAUCUGCAGAUGGGUUGGUUGAGCGCUGUCAAAGUCUCAUUGUUUUUAUCUUUGCAAAAGUGUAUUUCCCCCAUAUUUCCCGUGUAAAUAUUCAAGAAAUCCCCUGGAUUUCCGCACAAAAAAACUCUCCUGAUACUCAGAAAGUGGGGCAAGUGCAAAAAACCCGGAAACUAACCAUAUAGAGACUUUCCAUCCUUGAAAAGAACAAAUCCCAGAAAUGAAUCCCUACGGCCAACCACCAGGUCCAGGCUUCAAUCCUGGCGGACAUCCUGGUGGACAUCCUGGCGGACAUCCUGGGUAUCCUCCGCCACAGCAACCGGGUUUCCCGGGCCAUCCGGACAGUUACGGAGCGCCUGGCUUCGGAGGAGGACAAAAUUAUCCGCCAGCAUAUCCGCCAAACAUGGGAUACGCCCCUCAAGGACCCAUUGUGCAGCAGCCGGGCGCUUAUGGAGGCCCAGGAGCUCCUCAACCGGGCUUCCCAGGACAGGCUCCGCCCUAUGGGCAGCCCCAUCCGCAAGCGCCCAACUUUCCUCCCGGACAAGAUGGCUGGAUGAGUUUGCCGCCCAGAGCCCCCAAUUGCCCCCCUGGGUUGGAGUACCUUACACAAAUUGAUCAGCUGCUGGUGCAUCAGAAGGUGGAGCUGUUGGAGGCGUUCACGGGCUUCGAGACGAACAACAAGUUCACGAUCAAGAAUAGCAUGGGCCAGAAGGUGUACUGGGCGGCGGAGGACACCGAUUGCUGCACGCGCAACUGCUGUGGCCCGAUGCGGCCCUUUGACAUGAAGAUCCUCGACAUCUACAAGAAUCAGGUGCUGCAUCUCUAUCGGCCGCUGCGCUGCCAAUCGUGCUGCUUCCCAUGCUGUCUGCAGACGAUGGAGAUCUCAGCGCCGCCCGGAAAUGUGAUUGGCACCAUUGAGCAGGAGUGGAGCAUCUUCACGCCACAGUUCAGCCUGAAGGAUCAAUCUGGCGAGACGGUGUUGCGAAUUGAGGGGCCAUUCUGCACGUUCAGCAUCUGUGGCGAUGUGGAGUUCAAGGUGUUGACGCGCGAUGGUCAAGUUGUGGGCAAGAUCAGUAAGCAAUGGUCAGGCCUGGCGCGUGAGAUGUUCACCGAUGCCGACCACUUUGGCAUCAACUUCCCCAUGGAUCUCGAUGUGCGCAUGAAGGCCGUCCUCAUUGGUGCCUGCUUCCUCAUUGAUAUUAUGUUCUUUGAGAAGAGCGGCAACAGAGAGCAAGAUCGUCCAGGGAUGUUCUAAAGGCGGUGCCUCAUCAUCAUUUUUGGUGUCUGUGUCCACUUAAGCGCACUUGCAUUUACUGCGCAAAUAGUAUUUACUAACGACAAGUGUACUUUUAAGCAUAAAUUUUAAAUUUUAUUGAAUUUUUCAAUGAGUAUUUGAGAAGCUCAGAAAUGUUGUAUUUUGUGGCAUGUUAACCAAAGGUUUACCUCAAAUUUAUGUCUACCAGAGAAUUUAUCUUCAGUGUUUAAACGUAAAUUGCUUGUUUUGCUUCCCAUAAACGUUUUUCUCCAAUGAAUUCUAAUGACAAAUGUUGUUCCAUGAAACUGAAUGUAUUUUUGAUGA